UUAUUACUUAGGACCACAUGAGUGAAAGGAGGAACUUUUUUGUAUUACCUCAGUUCUUUGGCUGAGUGAAUCGGUGUUCAACAAGUGUCUGAGUUCUCUAAGAAUCACACUUUCUCAAAGACUAUUUGUUUACUUUACUGUGUAAACAGUUUGCUUACUCCUCAUUGAAACCUUGACGUCGCUGACAAAAGGUAAUGAAAAAUUUUACACGCGUGUGACUUUAAUUACCUCGACUAUUAUUCUGCGUAAAUCAGCGUUCGUAUUCUAGGCGGUAAUUUGUUUUAUCUGAACAGGCAAACCCGGCUGCAGGCGACCAAGGCUUCACCUGCGCGGGUUUGUUUGACCUGAUCAUCAAGUAGCCUAACUGGUGUUCAAGAACAUUCACCUUUGUUUAUUCUGGAACUAAAUAGGCCUACGUUUCGAAAAUGUAUAGUUUGAUGGAGCAUGAGUUGAAAACUUCUGGACACCCGCCGUCGCACCACAACGGCCAGGGCAUGUCCCCUAUGGCUGGCAACACUCAUGCAGGGUCCAAAAACUCUUGUCCACCCGGUGGAGACCCUAUGGAUAAGGUCAAAAGGCCUAUGAAUGCGUUUAUGGUGUGGUCGAGGGGUCAGCGGCGCAAGAUGGCACAGGAGAACCCCAAGAUGCACAACUCGGAAAUCAGCAAACGCCUGGGAGCUGAGUGGAAGUUGCUCACGGACGCCGAAAAGAGGCCAUUCAUUGAUGAGGCCAAGCGUCUCCGUGCUGUCCAUAUGAAGGAGUACCCCGACUACAAAUACAAGCCACGUCGUAAAACCAAGCCUCUGCUCAAGAAGGAUAACCAGAUUGGCAAAUAUCCAUUGUCAGCCGGCAACCUGCUGGCAGCUGCGGCAGCCCAGGGAUCAGGUGGAAGCCCGAGAAUGGACAGCUAUGGCUGGGGACCCGCGGGGGGUUAUGCGGGCAUGCAGGGAGAGGCACUUGGUUAUCCACAGCAACUUCAUCGUUACGAUUUAUCAGCCCUUCAAUACCCGUCCUCUAUGGCAGCCGCCCAAAACUACAUGAAUGGUGUCAAUUCUUACAGCUCCAUGCCCUACAGUAACAGCCCCCAGCAAGGGAGUCCGGUGAUGUCCAUGGUGAAACCAGAGCCCAUCGCUCAUUCUCCAACUGGGGCCCCAAACCACCACCGCGGGCCUCUCCAGGGGGACCUAAGGGACAUGAUCAGCAUGUACAUCCCCGGCGGAGACACGAGUGACCCCAACGCCCAGAGAGGCUACUCCAGUGUACAGCAGCACUAUCUUGGGGGGACGGUGCCUCUUACUCACAUCUAACGAACGCUGCAAAAGAGAAGACCCGUGUCCACGGGACACCUUCCGGAGGCCAGGUCUGCACUCCCCUGUCUUCCAAUCACAAAGACCACCCGCCUCCUUAUUAUCAACGCUAGUGAACAGUGACUGAGAUGGGCUAAAAGAGCUACCUCCUAUCUCUCUCUCUCUCUCUCUCUCUCUCUCUCUCUCUCUCUCUCUCUCUCUCUCUCUCUCUCUCUCUCUCUCUCUCUCUCUCUCUCCAGUCUAUGGUCUGUUCUUCACGCUGCUGUAGGUGUCCAGUCAUGUGCUGUGGACUGGUCCCCUCUCUUGAGUCCCACUGUUUUUUAAGAAUGCUGCUUGGUGAUGCUCUCUUGAAGUCUUGCCUUGUAUGAAGGUCUGGUUUACAUAAUGUUUUUAUGUGAUUUUAUAAAUGUGUGUUUGUUUGUGUGUGCGUGUGUGUGUGUGAGAGAGAGAGAAAGAGAGUGAGACAGGCAGAGGGAGAGUGCAUGUGUACCAUGCUCCUUUUAAAUACACAUACACCGAUUACCUUUUCACAUAGUUUUAUAAAGAGUUUGAAACUCCACAAUGUACCCUUAGGCUCUGGCGACGCAUGUGGUCGUUUGUACAGAUCAGGGUAGAUUGUCCCAUACACAUGUUGGCACAAAUGUCUUUUUAAAUGACAUUUAAGACCUUGAUUAAGCAGAGAUCUGAUGCUCCGUAAUAGAUCAACUUGACCACGUGGACACGGAUUAAAGUUUGGUCUGAGAACUCGGGUGUCAUUCAAAUAAAGUCUGUAACUUGUACUUUUAAGGCAUUUAGGAAGAGACCCACAAUGUAAUCACCUGAAGCCUUUCUUUGUGUUCACUAUGAACUGCUGAUAUUCGGUGAGAUUAUUAAAAAGUUAUUUUAAUUUUAACAUGUGACCAGAAUGAUCUACUCUGGUUUUGUUUUGAAUGAAAUGUGCAUGCUCAGAUCUGAAUAGCACUACAGUGGAAUCCUAUGGGUUUCUUUAGGGAUGAGGGUUAGGGUGAACAUUGGCAUAUAUCUUGCCAAGACACUGUGAUCGCUCCAGAUAGACUUGCCAUGGUGUUUCCCCGUAAAUGUUUGUGGUGUGCCUUUUUUUGACUACUGGCCACAUUUGUAAACAAAGAGUGCUUAGAUUUUUACUGUUGCAUUCUUUUGCACAUUGUGUAUCUUUUGUAAAGUGAGUUGUGAUUCAACAUAUGGUCUUGUCCUCUUAUUUCACAUGAAAGCUGUAAAUGUGAGCGCAGACACUGAAGUGUUGAUUCUCUAAUAGUUUUUUAAAAAUUUACCCCGCUCAAAUUGAACUGUAAACUAUAGUAAUGAGGUUUUUACUCCAUCAACAAGUCAACUAGCCCACACAGUUGUUAUAGUGACUAGGCUACUGCUCUGUUGAGGGGAUCAGCUGUUAAUGUGCAUCGAAACUUGGGAACAGUCAUCAAAAUAAAAUGUGUUGACGCACGCGUCUUCAGGUUUGAAAUUGAAAUCUGAUAGUUUCGCAAUGGACUAUAUCUCAAGCUCACUUGCCAUUUAAAAAUGUGUUUCCUAAUGAGUUUAUCUUAAUGUUGUACUUUUAUGUUGACCUGAUCCAGAAAAAGGAGAAUGUUUACAUUUGCAGCCUAAGUGUGCACUGUGCAACUUUUUAUGGUAUAACUUUCUUUAUUUUUUAUUUUUAUUUUUUAAUAUUUUAAUAAUCUUUCAUGUAAAUACAAUGAGAGUUUAGUCUCACACACCUGUGUACAGUUUUGAAGCCCUCUGUUUCAAUGAUGCCUGCUAUUUUUUUGUGAAGAGAAAUGUUUAGUUUGAAUAGAGGGUUACACCACAAAAAUGUUAAUAAAAAAAUGAAAAGCAAAACAAA